CUCCGUUCCUCCCUCCCUCCCUCCCUCCCUCCUCCCUUCUUAGAACUGAAUUGUUGAAAACUGUAGUAUAAAAAUAUAGAAUCAGGUUGACGAAAUGUUCCACUUCUGAGGUUUCUCUCUCCUCAGUUCUCACUCUAUUUCGCCAUGGAAGCUGCACUUCUCAGAACCGGUUCAGCAACCCUUCGUGCAUCUCUCUCUCGAUCACCCAAGGUUUCUCUCUGCGAUAAGGAUUCCCUCCCCGGAAUGUUAUCCUCCGAUAAAAGCAAGAAAAGGGCUUCGUGUUUGAGGUCCUCUCUGCAUUUCGAGAGCAAGGUCAAGCGGGUUGAUAAUUCGAGGCUUAUCCGACGGACGCUUUCGGACUCCGACACGGUUUGGUCGGUUAACAAGGACUCAGGCUGGUUAACAAAGUUGAGUGGACUCGGAUCUCUGUCUUUCCCAUCGAACCCUGUGCUUGAUCGCGGGAGUUCUGCUGGAGUUUUGCGGGGGAACCUCGUUGAAACGGAGGAGUUGGAAUUGGCCAGUGGUGGAACGGGUAAAGGAAGCAAGGUUGGUGGAGRAGGAGAUCGGGGUGAUCGUGGUGGCGGUGGCAGUGACAGUGACAGGGGUUCAUCAAGCAGCGGUAGAGCUGAUCACAGCAAGAUCGACGCUUGUUACCGAGAGAUGCUUAAGGCAAACCCUGCGAAUCCGCUUCUCUUGAGGAACUACGGCCAAUUCUUGCAUCAGGUGGAGAAAGAUCUGGUUAGAGCGGAAGAGUACUACGAGAGAGCGAUAUUGGCGAAUCCAGGAGACGGAGAGUUGCUGUCUCUGUACGGGAAACUGAUAUGGGAAAUGCAUAGAGACCAAGACAGAGCUGAGUCUUACUUCGAACAGGCGGUCCAUGCAUCUCCUGACGAUUGCUUUGUGCUGGGUUCAUAUGCCCACUUCCUGUGGGAUUUGGAGGAGGAAGAAGAUGAUGAAAGUCAAGCAACAGUAGAGACCAAAAUACCAGCUUCGGUUGUGGCUUUUUAAGAGAGUGACGCUGUACGCAGACGCACCUGGAACUGUGGAACUUCCUCUUCUCUCUCUCUCUCUCUCUGUCUGUUAUAAGGUAUAGUUAUAUUAUACAUAGUGUUUUCUGAGAGGUCUCUCCCUGUAACGAAUGAAGUAACUUUGACUAACAAAGAAACGGCGGGGGUAGUGUUAGGAGUGAGAAACAGAGAAAUUUCUAUAGAGAAAUGUAAGAAAGCUUCCUUCAUGUACAGAGUAAAACAGUUUAUAUAUAUUUACUGUAUAAUAAUACAUUACAAUACAAUGGGUUGAUGACUCUUUCUCAA